AAGAGGACCUGGGCAGAUGUCAUGAGGACCUUUUGGAAUGAAGACAUUGAACGCCGAGAGGAAGAAUGAAACCCUCUGCAGGAUCACAGAAACCUAGUAAAAUGAAUGACACCAAGAACUUGCAGGAGCUUCCGGCUGGGAGAAGCGAGCAAGAAAAGAGAUCGUAUCAAGGUAUCCUGACCUAUGAUCUGAAGAAUUGCAUAAAGUUAAAAGAGAAGACAAAUAUAAGAAAGCUGAAGACAGAAGAAGGACUCACAGCAAACAUCGGACUCCCCCUGGAACUCGUUGACAAGCAUGACCCUUGGCCAGCUUAUGUCAUCUACACCUCCCCCGUGGUAAAAAGACUCAUUGAGAAAAGCAAGACGAGAGAGCUGGAAUGCGCGAAUGCCUUCGAGGAAAGCCACCGGGCAGCGAAGCCCAACAAGGCCCCCAGCAUGGUGCAGCUGAAGAGGAGGAAGUCCUCGAAAUCUUCCAGUGAAGCCGCCUUCCAGGAUGUGCUGUCGCAGGCCAUGCUAUCCGUGUGGGGCGCUCACUCCGUGUUGGCCGUGGGUCCCGCCAUCAGCCAAGAACCCACGUGCGACAGCCCUACCGCAACCCACAACAAGAUCAUCUUCUCCCGCAGACCGGUGAUGAGGCUGCUUCCCUACAGCUCGCUGCUGACCAGCAAGGAGAAACAUGCCAAUGCCUAGCCAGGAGCCCCCGUGGCCGUGCCCUCCCAGGAAUGUUACAGCAAUUAAGCUCCAUGUGCCACACACGUCACCUUGUCCUUUAAAUUGGAACUUGUGCCUGCGGCUCAGAGAAGCCACCUCUGGAUGGGGGCCGUGGUAGGUGCGUGGGGGCCUCCCCUCCCACCCUGCUGUCUGUGUGGUGGGGUGUGGCAGUGUCAUGUUUUAGUGUCGGCCAUAGUGGCUGAGGAGCUAACCGCGUGCAGGUGUAGCAGUCCCCGUCCAGGCAGGAGGUGAAUCACACCAGUUAUUUAUUUAUUUUUUAGCAGAGAUCCUUGAAUAUAAGGGAUUGUGGAGCAGGGGGCUGAAAAGGAGACCCAAGAGGUUUCCAUAGAGGAAGCACCUGCAGUGGUGGCUCCUGAGGCUGGGGGAACAAAGGGAAGAGAUGGCACUUAGUAAAAAUUAGCUGCUUGUUGGGGUGGCGUCAUGGGGACGCUGUGCCCCUGAACUCCGGGGUGGAGUCUCUGUGGGGAUGGUGUCCCCACUGUUUGGCUGGUGUCUCCAAGGCGGCACUCCUGAGGCUGGUCUUUGAGAGUGCUGGCCAAGUGGCAAAAUGUGUUCAGAUGCUUCUGGAAGGACUUGGCUCUUGCUUGGGUGAAUGACAGGCCACGGACAGCAACUCGCCAGGAUGCAAACAGGAAGUGAACAAGCAGCAAGUGUGCGCUUCCUCCUCCAGCCUUGCAGGCUCCAGCUGGUACCCCGAGGGCAGAGCUUUUUGGGGGAGCAUAAAGCAGAUGUGGGGUCUGCUCUCCUAGCACCUCCAAGCACAGGGUAGCAGGAUGCAUUCAGAAGCCAUGAAAAAAUUAGCUUAGUACCCAGAGCAGCAGCCUCGGUUCUGAGGGAGUCUGCUCUGCUGCCCUACUUGGCACCCGAACCUCAGGCUACGAGGCUUUGACCUUGAAGGCUUGUAAGGUGGGGAUCAAGAUGGCCCUAGCAGAGAACCGGAGGAGGUUCCCCCCGGCCCGUCCUCCUCAGACCUUUGCCUUUUGGAAUAGAGUGUGGGGGGCUGGGCCCCAGCUGCUUUUCUGAGAAGACUAGACUUGGUCUACCCAUGCCCCAGCUGGUGCCAAGGCAAGCAGUGCUGAAUUACCUCCCAUCUCCAAGCAGACAAGCUUCAGCUUUAGAUACAGGGGAUCUGUCAUGAUGAGCAAACCCCAGCUGGUUUCACGUUCACGGUCAUGUUCGUGGGCAUGGCUGACCCUGCUUCAGGUUCUGUGUUUGCCCGUGCAAGGCAGUUCACCCCCACCUGGCUUCCCUCACAGAGACGUAGAGGAAUGCAGUAUCCCCAUCUGGAGACACCAUUUGAAAAAGCAGAAUUUGUCCUGUAAUGCAUUUUCUCCCUCAGAGAGUCUUGCGUCGAUAUUCGGAGACGCCUACUCAUGCAGGAAGCUCUGGGGAACUCUUCUCUGGCUUCCGGGUAUUGGUGUUGGGACGACUGCACAAAUUAGGAGCUCCGGAUCCGUUCUGGGGUUCCCAGCCCUUGGCCAGAGUGAGUUCUUAGAACAACACAGGAGGUUUCUAGUGAAUUCGAGUGACUGUGCUUUGUGUCCCUGGAAAGUUUAUAGCCAAGGGAGUAGGUGAUAAAUUCCACCAACAAGAAACUUUAUCUCCUCUUUCCCUUUAUGGGUGUUUAUGGUCAGGGUUUAUAUGGAGUAUAGAAUGUUAUUGAGUAUUAGCGUUUAUAGGGAUCUGGGAUGAUUUCGGAUGUUUUCUUCCAAUCCCUUCAAGGGCAGAAUGGUAUGGAUUGCACAACUUUUAUUUUCCCAUUUCUAGGCAUUGAAUCAUUUUUAAUCGUCUUAAAAGUGU